CUAGUCAAACAAAUUGAAUUUCUGACUCAUCUGUCACAUUAUUUUCAAAAGUGUCGAUCAAAAUAAUAAAAUAAUGUAGAUUUUCACAAUACUUUUUAGUAUCUUUUAUUAAUAGAUGUAUGGAAGAGUGCAAUGAGAAGCAAUUUUCACUAUGAAGACUUCUAAAUUAGUAAUAGAUGGUCAGGACUAUGACAAUCUUUCUUUUGCAAUAGGUUUGGGUCUUGCUGUUGCAUCAAGUUUAUUUAUUGGCUCUAGCUUCAUUAUUAAAAAACUUGCUCUUAAAAAACAUGUAUCUUCUGGUAACGUUAGAGCUUCGGCAGGAGGAUAUGCAUAUUUGAAGCAGUGGAUGUGGUGGAUGGGUCUUGUAACAAUGGGUGUUGGAGAGGGAGCAAACCUGUUAGCAUAUGCAUUUGCACCUGCAGCUUUGGUUACACCUUUGGGUGCUCUCAGCGUCCUUGUUUCAGCUGUAUUGUCUUCAAAAUUUCUGGAUGAAAAAUUAAAUUUUGUUGGAAAGAUUGCCUGUUUUCUCUGCAUUAUCGGAUCUGUUAUCAUAGUUUUACAUUCACCAAAAUCGGAAGAAAUCAAGACAUUCCAGGAACUUACACAAAAGUUAACAGAUUAUAUAUUUGCUACUUAUGUAUCAAUAAUUGUUUUGAUGAGUCUAAUCAUCAAGGUAUUGUUUGUUCCUAGAUUUGGUAAUUCAAACAUAUUAGUCUAUUUAUUCAUGUGUUCAGCUAUUGGUAGUUUGACUGUGGCAUUUUGUAAAGCAGUGGCAUUAGGUAUUAAGGAGUCAAUUGUUGGUAAAAAUUUAAAUAACAUUUCUAAUUAUUUAUUCUGGUUGAUUCUUGUUAGUUGUAUAGUUUGUAUUAUGGUACAGAUGAAUUAUUUAAAUAAGUCCCUGGAUAUUUUCAAUACUAGUAUUGUCACUCCAGUGUAUUAUGUAAUGUUCACAGUAUUAGUUAUAAUAGCGUCUGGUAUCCUCUUUCGGGAAUGGGAACACAUGAAGUUUGGGGACAUUUUAGGCUGUGUAUGUGGUUUCCUUGUAGUAAUGACUGCUAUUUUCAUGUUGAAUGCUUUCAGGGAUUUUCAAGUUACAUUUAGAGAUCUCAAUAUGAUUACUAGAAAUUCAAGAAAUGUUAAUGAUGAGCUCAUAGUUAAUUUGUCAAGAAGUAGGAGCAGAUAGUCUAAGUGCAAACAAAUCAUUAAGCUAUUAAACAUUUUCAAGUAUUUAUGUUAACUAUUAUAUAUUUUGCUAUUGGACAAAUUUUAAUUUUGUAAGCACAUUAAGGUUAGUGAAACUGUUGUAGGUAACAAUUUAUUUUUAAACAUUUAAUUAAAAGUACACAAGAAGUAUUAUA